UAAAUGUGUGUCAGUGUACACUUGCUGCUGUAGCAAAAUGGCGAGGACUACAACUAUUUUCAACUGGAUUAACGUAGUUUGUCUCAUAGUCUCAUGCUUUCUAUGUAUGAUUGACUGUUUCAACUUAGAAACCAGGCUUCCAAUAGUAAAGGAAUAUAUCGGAACACGCAACGAUAGUUACUUUGGAUUUUCAGUAGCACAGCAUCAACGGACCCAACAAGACGGCAGCGUCGAAAACCUAUUAUUAGUUGGCGCUCCUAAAUUACAGACAAACCAGCCUGGGAUUCUGCAAGGCGGCGGUGUUUUUAAAUGUCCACUAAACUCUUAUACUGAUGAUUGUGAGUUGUUAGAGAUAGAUACAGAAGGUAAUGACAUUGGAGAAGAAAAGAGUGAUCAGUGGCUAGGAGUGACAGUUAGAAGUCAGGGAAAAGAUGGUAAAGUUGUGGCAUGUGCACAUCGAUAUAAACAAGUAGGGGAUGAUUACAUAUAUGGUGUUGGUAAAUGCUACCAAUUGAAUUCAGCCUUAGAGCUAGAUAUAGACCAUAUAAAUGGAGGAACAUGGACAGUGUGUGAAGGUAGAACACCAGGACAUGAAAAUUAUGGCUUCUGUCAAGCUGGUACAGACUGUGACUUUACAACUAAUCGCAAAGAUAUCAUAAUUGGAACGCCUGGUUCUAUGGACUGGAGAGGUGUCAUUUUCACCAAUGAUGCAUCCGAUGAUGAGUUUCCCGACCCAGUCGUGUAUAAAAGCGGUCGGACUGAAGAGGAGGCUAGAGUUCAGAAACAUAGUUACCUGGGUUUCUCUGUUGAUUCCGGUAAUUUCAUUACAAGUGGCGAAACAUGGUAUGUUGCGGGUGCACCCAGACACAACUCAAGUGGAGCAGUUGUCUUAUUCGCAAAAGGUGAUGAUGUCCUCGUUGCCAAAGAUGCCAUAUAUGCUGAGAGACUGGCCUCUUCAUUCGGUUAUGAUGUCAAAGCUCUGGAUAUCAAUAAUGAUGGAUUUGAUGAUUUAGUUGUUGGUGCCCCUUUGUAUUAUGACAAAGAGGAAGGGAUUGGUGGUCUAGUGUAUGUUUACAUGAAUGACCAAACGGGCAAUUUUGAUGAGGGGAACCCCACACGAUUGUCUGGUCCAUUAGAUUCAAUGUUUGGGAUGUCAUUAACUUCCCUUGGUGAUAUCAACUUAGAUGGAUUCAAUGAUAUCGCAGUAGGUGCUCCGUAUGAAGACAAUGGCAAAGGUGCUGUAUAUAUCUUUCAUGGAGGACCGGAUGGUAUACACCACUCUUAUUCACAGAAGAUAAUGGCUGCUGAUCUUCCAGAUUCCAUUUCAUCUCUCCGUACAUUUGGUUACUCUUUAUCAGGUGGCUUGGAUCUUGAUGACAAUGGAUAUCCUGACUUAGUGAUUGGGUCUUACGAGUCUGGUGCUGUGGUGAUGUUGAGAAGUAGGACUGUUCUAAAUUUAGGUUCAACACUUGAAGCAAACCCUACAAUGUUAGAUGUUAAAAAUAAAACAUGCCAGUAUGAAAAAAAAGAAUAUCUAUGUUUCACAGUUAAAGUUUGUUUAAAUUAUACUUCUGACUCCGGUUUUAAUGAUGCGAUAGAUGUUGAAUACUACAUAGAAGCUGAACAGGCAAGGAGAGAUAUAGGUCUGCAGUCGCGUGUAUUUUUUAAAGACUCCAGCUCUCAUGAAUAUCAAGACAGUAUGAGGCUUCGUAGAAGAGGCCAACAGAAAUGUGACCAACUGACAUUAUAUGUCACGAAUGAUAUACGUGAUAUCUUACGGCCAAUUGACCUAGAAUUGUCGUAUAACAUAGUAGAAGAGGAUCCUGCAUUACCUCCACCUGGACCUGGUCUUCCAUCAUUAUCUGGUCAGCCUGUUAUGAAUAUGAACAUGCCAAUCACCAAUUCUAUUAAGGUUGACUUUGUAAAGGAAUGUGGAAGGGACAAUAUUUGUGAUUCUGAAUUAGGUGUAUCUGCUUCCUUUGAUCUACCAGGUGAUCCUCCAACAUGGAGUCUUGGGGAAGGAGAUAAAGGUUUGUUUGUGAAAGUGACAAUCACAAACAGUGGGGAAGCUGCAUACGAGGCCAAAAUGACAGUUAUUAUUCCAGACAGUUUAGAUUAUGUCAAUGUUGUGCCAAUAAAUGUUCCAGAUGAUCUUUCAGAAUUUGGCUGUGAUGAUGACCCAGAAAAUGCAACUGUCAUAAUUUGUGAAUUAGGAAAUCCGUAUCCUGAAAACCGAGAGAUUAUGUUCAAUUUAAAGUUUGGUCAUGAAAGAUUAUUGGGAUCAGUUGGCAGCAUAUCAAUGAAUAUGUUUGUUGAAACAACAAGUAGGGAUGAUAAUCCAUACAACGAUGAAGCUUAUAUAAGUGCAAAUAUUGAGGUUGUCACAGAUUUGUUAUUACAAGGGCAGUCAAAUCCAGAGUUGGUGUCGUAUAGCGGUGAAGUACGUGGAGAGAGCGCUAUGGAAUAUGAAUACCAGAUUGGUAACCCAGUCAACCAUAUUUAUGUUCUCAAAAACAAGGGACCCGGCACAGUAGAAGUAGCACACAUAACUAUAUCUUGGCCAUAUGAAGUGGCGAGCGGAAAGUGGCUACUGUACAUGACUGACUAUCCAGAGCUUGAUGGCGAAGGAAACUGUACUAUUGAUCCCAUGUAUGUUAAUUUCUUGGAUGUGAAGAAAAAUAAAGAUGAAAGUAUAGUAUACUCGCCAGACGAGUUACCUGCUAGUACUAGGCGAAAACGUGAUGUGGCUCCAAGCCAUGAUAUUAUCGGUCCAACUGGUGAAAAGACUGGCAGAAUAGAAACUUUAUCAUGCCAACACGGGACUGCUAGGUGCUUCACAUUUGAUUGUUUUACGGGACCAUUGGCAAGCGGUGAUUCCACUGUGGUUAGAAUUAGAUCGAGACUCUGGAAUAGUACUUUUCUUGAGGAUUUUCGUAAAGUAACAUCGGUUAAUAUUGUUUCAACUGGAGAAGUAAAAAUUUUAAAUGGUCAGUAUAUAGGAGAGCUGGAUCCAAGUGACAAUAGUUUGGAGAUAAUCACAGAAGCUCACCCAGACUUAGCUAUCAUUGAGGAGAAAAAAGCUGUGCCAAUCUGGAUAAUAAUAUUAGCAGCACUAGGUGGUCUUCUCCUUCUCAUUAUAGUAGUUAUAAUCCUUUGGAGGUGUGGGUUCUUCAAAAGGAAGCGAGUCAACCAGAACACAACCAGCUUCAGAAGUACACCAUCAAGACAUUCCCGCAAUGGAAGUACUACAGAGAAGUCUUAUAAAUAUGAAGCAACUUACCAAGAUGAUAGAUACAAUUAGAGGGCUUUUUUAAAACAAAAAUUAUAACAGGAUAAGGCUUCUAUUUGAAUAAUCUGUGAGAUGAUAAACAGACAAUUCUCUCCAGACUUUCGUAAAUAUCAAUUAUCUCGUCAAAGAAAUGUAACGCAGUUGGACUGAUUAACAGAUGUUUCAUUGCCAUGGAUCAGCAAACAGUUUUGGUGUUGUACAUUACAACAUCUUGUUAGAAAACUUAAUCAACUUUUUAUUAAGAUGCAAGAUUAUUUUCUCUUUGACGAGUUAGACAUGAUACUAACUAUUUUAUAUACAUGUACAGACAUAGAUUUAUUAGUGUUAAUAGUACCUUUCAAACAUGCUAGUAGUGAUCGUUAUUGUUCAUAUGCGUCACUUACUGUAAAUAAAAAAAUCUGAGUGGUUAGCAGUACCUGUUAUUCAUCGCCCAAUCAUAUUUCCUCUUUAAUAAUAAUGCGCAUGGCUUUGAAACUGCUUUGAUUUUGUAACUACAUUUUAGCGAGUUUUUAUCAUUUUGUUGUGGUUUAGGUAUUUAUUUUUAUUGAAAUGCUUUUGCAGGUUAGUAUUCAUAGUAGUUUUGUCACAUUUUAAAUGUUUUAAAAUUAUUUAAACCUCCUGCCCCUGGCUUGAAAACUAGUGCCUGUCUUAUUAGCCAUAGAAUGGCUGUAAAAAAAUGUUUUUGUAUUUUUUAUUAAAUGAUUGGAAAUUUGUUCAAUAUAUUUUCAUUACUCAAUAUGGAUAAAGCGGUUGAUAGCAUUUUUUUAACAUGGUGCUUAGUCCUCUGAAUCAAAGAUAGACAGGCUAUGCAAAUAAGCAAUACUUACAAAGUAAAAGUUUAGCAUAGUGUCAAAGGUCAGACAGACUACUUCCAACUGGGCACACUACAAGCAGUAUUAACAAAUUCUUAGACUUUCUAUUUAUGCAAAGUAAAAAUGAAUGAAUAUUCAGUGUAAAAAAAAUGGGAUUGCAUUUCGUAAAAUGAUAUAUCAUUAGUCCCCGUUCGGACGAAGUUCGCACGCCUGCAACAACCCUGCCGCUUUAAUAUGACGAGCUCAAAGAGAACUUUCAAAAAUUUAACGGGGACCGUGUCAUUUUCAAUGACUUGUUAAAAAAAACUUUUGUUAUUUUUGUUUAAUUUGUCGUAAAUUGGCUCUACUGUCAUUGAUGACAUGUGACACUGAUUAGUUGUCAUCUCAAAUGUACCUGGAGGUCAAAGGCAAAAUAUUUGUAUUCAUAUAAAGAUGAAAUGUUUAGAUCAUGAUAAUUGGACAUAUUUUCAAAUGACAGCGCCCUCUAUCUCCCUCAAGUAACCUAAAUGGUUCAGUGAAGAUUCUUAGUGUUAAUGUAUUUUGUUGAUGCAAAAUAGAUGGCCAAAUAGGUAACACAGGAUUCUAAAUUAAUUACUCUAGCUUACUUUAUUUCGUCUAUUUGUAGAUGCACUGCUAAUAAGAAAAUACAGUACAUUUUGUAUUUGAAAACAGCAGAAUAAUUAGCCACUUUUUUACCCAAAUGGUGACUGGUUCAUAUCAUUUGAAUAGCCAUUUGCAUUUUUUUUCACAAUGAGUAAAUAUUUCUUGCAUGCUGUUCACACAAAGAUGACAGAAUACAGUUUACAGUUGUUUGAAUAUGCCAUGUGUUCUUUAUACUUUCAUCCAAUACCACUAAAAUAUACUAUAGUAACUAUGCCAAGGUAAACUUUACUUAGUUCCCACAAAAGAAGUUUUUCCAAAAAAAUAGGUUAUAAAAUUAUGUCCAUUUGGUUCAAAAUUAACCAAAAUUUAAAAAAAUAAAUAAAUAAAAUUGUGCAAAAAGUUGCACCAUAAUUUUUGCUAAAACUUAGUUUACAAUAAAAACAUUAUUCCAUUGUGUAAUAUUUUUUGAGAUUCCUUAUGUAAUGAUUUUGAUUGUGAAAUUCCAUUCAGUCACUUUCUUUGUCUAAUGUGAAAUUUGCUUCAGUGGCAGGGCUGCAUUUUUUUAAUCUCACUACAUGCUAGGAAAGAGAAAUUAGUUUUAUAUGCGUCUUACUCGUAUAUAAUUGCUGUGUACAUGUACAUAGGUGAGGGUGUAUGGAGAUAGUAAACACUUUACAUUUGGAUCAGCAUUAAGCAGUAUUAAUGUGUAAUGUCUUCUAUAUCUCUUGUAAUUGUGAAUUUUGAAGCAUAUACAGUGGUUUGGGUCUGUGUGGGGGUAUUUUCUGUCCACAGAACACAUUACUGCCAUUGUAGAAUUCUAAGGUGUUUUACAUUCAGUGUCAAAUUUAUUUGCAUCUCAGAACAAUUUAUCAAUUUAGAAAAUAUUUUUGGAACUACUAUCUUCUCCUGAAUUUGUGUUUCAGUAAGAUUUGAUAGUGUCAUAGUUCAGAUUUUUAAAAUUGUGUAUUUAGUAUAUUUGCUUCAUGGUCAUUGUUGUUUUUAGUUUGGUAUUAUUCACUAUAGUCAUUAGCUUGGUAAUUACUUACUAGACUCUCUAGUGUAGUGAUUAUUAACUUGGAUUCCCUAGAGUUAUAAUUAUUCACUAUAUUUUUCUCACUGUGAUAAUUAUUUACUGGACUUCAUGGUGUAAGGGAGAAGUUCGUUUCAUCUGGUGUAAAAAACAAAUUCAGUUAAAGUAACUUUUUUUUUUGUCUAGUUCAUUUUCUUUACAUGUAUAUAGUUAUAAACUUGGUUUGUGAAAUAAUCAUACACGUUUGUGAAAUCAGAUAUAAUUCAAAUCUCACUGUUAUGUAACUUUUCCUUCUACUGACUACUAGUUGGUACUAGAUACUGAUUUGUUCUGUUGCACAAUGCUGUCAUCAUCUAACUGUCGAUAAUUGGUUACUCAAUGAGAACUUACAUUUUGUACAAGUCUUUUUCUGAUUCUCUAAAUAUUUUAAUAGUUUAAUGUUUCUUGUGAUGCAAUGUAUUAGUUUUCAUAAAAUUUCUAUCCUUGUUCUGAGUAUGUUGGGUUUGUAUGUUACCUGUUUUUGUACUGUUCUGCUGAAAAUGUGAAUUCAGUUACAUGCAAUUUCUUUUUAAACACAUCUAUGUAGUGCUUUUUAAUAUCUGUGUAUCAGUGUACUCAUCUUCCAGAGUAUUAAGUGUCUUGGAUAGUGGCUUAAUUUUUACUUCAAAGGUGGUCUUCCGUUAAGUGCUGGACAAGCCAUAUAAAUAUGGUCUUUUUGAUAGCUUUAGUGUACAGCAUUUUAAAAAAGAUUUUUUUUAUAUAUAUCUUCUCUGUAAAAAAAAAAAAAAAAACUCUUUUAACCCAUUGUCCUUCAUGUAUACCUACAAAUCUUUCCCUUUAAAAUUGUUUAAAUUUAGAAAUAUUUUGUACUAUUAAAAAAAAAAAUUGGGGGGAGGGUAUAACAAACAUAAAACUAUGCAUUGCCAAAUUGUAUGCGUUGUAGUUCAUGCACCCCACAGGAUCUGAAAUUUGCCACCUUGGCUUUUUAUGGCCAGCCUUUCAAGGGGACAAACAAAUUAUAUUAGGUCACGUUUUUGUAAUUAAAUAACAAAAUUUUAAUGUAA